AUGCGCUUGCUUUCAACCGUUGUCCUGUCAGCUGGAGCCUAUAUCGCUGCCUCUAUUUGCCUCCUCCAGAUGGCAAUACGUAGCAAGAGGCGGAAAUUACUCUUGAAAAGAAACUUUCCCUACCCUAUAACCAAGAUUGCUCACCGCGGUGGUUCCCUCUUGGGUCCGGAAAACACAAUGUACGCAUUUAUGCAGGCUGCCGAGGUUGGGCUUUGUGACAUGAUCGAGCUGGAUGUCGUGGAAUCGAAGGAUGGGCAAAUCGUCGUGUGCCAUGACCGCACACUUGAGCGCACAUGCGGCCCAGAGUACGCGGGGGUGGCGAUUUCAGAUUUGGUGGUCGGCAAGAACCCUUCCAAAACACUUCCUCAAUGUAAGAGAACUAUUGAGUUGGAGUUUGCCACUCGCGGCAUCAAGCAGUACGAGGGGCCUGACAGCGUCCCCGUUGAUGAUACCACCAGAAUUUGCCUCUUAAGUGAAGUGUUCAAGAUGUUCCCUUCUAUGCCGCUGCACAUUGACAUCAAGGAUGAAAGCAAAGAUUUUGUCGCUGUAGUCUUAAACCUGCUUGCCGCGCACGGACGCGAAGGUAUCACCAUCGUGGGAAGCAGCCGGCCGAAGAACCGACAGUUCAUCAACGAGUACUUUGCGGAGAGAGAUCCUGAAAUUCGGAAACGGUACCGGAUUUUUGGAGGACCUCACGAUUUUUUCCGGACGUACCUCCUUUUUUACACGGGGCUACUGCCGUACUUCCCCGUAAACUAUGAUGUUUUCUCGAUUCCGGUUUUUACAAGCACCAUGAAGAAGGAUGCCGAAAGGAAAUAUGGAAGAAUCGUCGCAGCCGUGGCUGCAUUUCUUUUCUCUUCACCAUUACUGUGGAGGUACCUCCAGAGCCGAGGGGUCGCUGUGAUUGGGUGGAACCUCAACGACGGAGUUGACAUUUUGCAAGGAAUUCAGUGGCCCCUAAACGGUUUGAUGUCUGACGAUCCCAUCAAACUCCGCCAGGUAAUAAACGCGAACAAGAAAGUAGCCCGGUUGAACGUGCUAGUCAGCUAG